CGAAAACCUUUUUGAAUUCAUUCAUUUCAAUUAUCGGUGGGAGUGUGGGACCACAAAUACAAUUUUAGCAGCAGCCAACAACCUGAAUAAAUACUAAAACUCAUUCGAUUCCAAUUCCAACAACAAACAUUCCACCACCAACAGAACUUGCUCUACCACUGAUACUAUCCGUCUACCGGAGAAAAUGAGCGGUGCCGGAAAGACGGUGUGCGUUACCGGAGCAUCUGGAUACAUAGCUUCAUGGCUCGUCAAGCUCUUACUUCACCGUGGUUACACUGUCAAAGCAUCUGUUCGCGAUCCCAACAACCCUAAGAAAGUAGACCACUUGCUUAAACUUGAAGGAGCAAAGGAAAGGCUUCAUUUGUUCAAAGCAAACCUACUUGAAGAAGGCUCUUUUGAUGCUGCAGUUGUUGGCUGUGAAGGUGUUUUCCAUACAGCAUCUCCCUUUUUCCAUGCAGUCACUGAUCCACAGGCAGAAUUAAUUGAUCCUGCAGUGAAAGGAACAUUGAAUGUGCUUAAUUCAUGUUCAAAGGCUUCAUCAGUUAAAAGAGUUGUAGUGACAUCAUCAAUUGCUGCAGUUGCUUACAAUGGUAAACCAAGGACUCCUGAAGUUGUAGUUGAUGAAACCUGGUUCUCUAAUCCAGAUUUUUGCAAAGAAAUGAAGAUGUGGUAUGUGGUGUCCAAAACAUUGGCUGAAGAAGUUGCAUGGAAAUUUGCAAAAGAAAAAGGAUUGGAUAUUGUCACCAUAAAUCCAGCUAUGGUGAUUGGUCCUUUAUUACAGCCUACUCUUAACACUAGUGCUGAAGUUAUUGCAAACCUAUUCAAUGCACAAACAUAUGGAAAUUCAACCUUUGGUUGGGUUAAUGUUAAGGAUGUUGCAAAUGCACAUAUUCAAGCUUUUGAAAUCCCUUCAGCAAGUGGAAGAUAUUGUUUGGUGGAAAAAGUUGCUCAUUUUUCAGAAAUAGUCCAAAUAUUACGCAAACAUUACCCUGAAUCUCAACUUCCACAAAAGUGUGCGGAUGACAAGCCUUUUGUUCCCACAUACCAAGUGUCAAAGGAAAAGGCAAAGAGCUUGGGUAUUGACUAUAUUACCCUUGAAGAAAGCCUCAAGGAGACUGUGGAAAGCUUGAAGGAGAAGGGCUUUAUUGGGACUUCAUCAAACAUAUCUUUAAACGAGGCACGCAAUGUGUUCGAUGAAAUGCCAACAAGAGAUGUCGUCUUCUGGACUUCCAUGAUCUUUACUUAUGGCAUGGCUGGAGAUGGUGAAACUGCUAUUACGCUAUUACAGCCUUUUCAAAUAUGCAAAAUUCCGAAAUCGCCCGUGAUUCCAUUUCCUUCGUUCCAGUUUUGUCAACUUACAACCAUGGGGAAUUACUAA